CCCCGUCCGCCAGUGGAGAGGAAGAAAAGAGUAGGCUGCGGCGCCCAUCCUUCCGCUCGACGGAGAUAUAUACAGCCAGCCAUCAUGGUGAAGUACUCGAGAGAACCGUCCAACCCUACCAAGUCUACGAAGGCGAUGGGGCGGGACCUCAGGGUUCAUUUCAAGAAUACCAGGGAAACCGCCCACGCUCUCCGAAAACUGCCUCUAGCCAAAGCUAAGCGGUAUCUGGAGGAUGUGAUUGCUCACAAGCAGGCAAUACCAUUCCGCAGGUAUUGUGGCGGUGUAGGCCGUACUGCACAAGCCAAAUCCCGCCAUUCAAAUGGACAGGGUCGCUGGCCAGUAAAAUCUGCCAGGUUCAUACUGGAUUUGCUUAAAAAUGCUGAGAGCAAUGCUGAUGUGAAAGGCCUGGAUGUGGAUGCUCUCUAUAUUUCUCACAUUCAGGUGAACCAAGCACAAAAGCAGCGACGAAGAACUUACCGCGCUCACGGUCGAAUCAACCCUUAUAUGUCAUCUCCCUGCCACAUUGAACUGAUCUUGUCUGAGAAGGAAGAACCAGUCAAGAAAGAGCCGGAGACCCAGAUUGCAGCGAGAAAGCCAAAGAAAGGUGGUCAGGUGUUGCGCAGCGGCGCAUCCUCUUGAUCUGCACCUGCAACUCCUGCCUGAAAUUGUGGAAUUGCAUUCGAAGAUUUCGAUCCUUCUUAUUUCUUGUUAGUGCAUCUAUUUCUCUUUGUUAUCUGCAGAACAAACAAUUUUGUUUGCUGUGAAAAAUGUUUUGCACUUUUACCCUUUUCAGUUACGUGGACUUUGAUAUCUUUGUUUAUUUUAUCAGUCAGGGAUUAUCUUACA